AUGUCGGCACUAAAAAGGCGCAAGGUUACCCAGAAACAACAGGAGCGCGAUAGCGACUCCGAUGCCGAGUCGACCAGCUCUCGCGAAUCCGUCAAGGAUGACCAACAGACCUCCGGCGAAGAACCAGAGACGGCUAAAACCUUUCAAGAGCUAGGAAUCAUUGAGCAGCUAUGUGAGGCCUGUGAGACUAUGGGCUACAAGGCCCCGACUCCCAUUCAGUCGCAGGCAAUUCCACUAGCACUUGAAGGUCGUGAUGUGAUCGGUCUUGCGGAAACAGGAAGUGGGAAGACGGCCGCCUUUGCCCUCCCAAUGCUCCAAUCUCUUAUGGAAUCGCCCCAGACGCUUUUUGGUCUCGUUCUCGCGCCCACUCGAGAGCUCGCAUAUCAAAUAUCCCAAUCCUUCGAGAACUUAGGUUCAACAAUCGGAGUCCGCUGUGCCGUUAUCGUCGGAGGCAUGGACAUGGUAUCCCAGUCCAUCGCACUCGGAAAAAAGCCUCACAUCAUUGUCGCAACGCCGGGUCGACUCAUAGAUCACCUGGAAAAUACAAAAGGCUUCUCCCUCCGAAAUCUCAAAUACCUCGCCAUCGACGAAGCAGAUCGUCUCCUAGACAUGGACUUCGGCGAGUCGAUCGAUAAAAUCCUCAAAGUCCUUCCCAAAGAAUCCCGCCAUACUUAUCUAUACUCUGCGACGUUAAGCUCCAAAGUCGAGUCCCUACAACGCGCAUCGCUCUCCAACCCCGUCCGCGUUUCCGUCUCAAGCAAAUACCAAACCGUCUCUACCCUAAAGUCAUCUUACAUCUGCAUUCCGCACAAGCACAAGAAUCUGUAUCUUGUAUACCUGCUCAACGAAUUUGCCGGAAAGUCGGCUAUCAUCUUUACGACAACCGUUCAUGAAACCCAGCGUGUGGCCUUCAUGCUCCGAGCUCUAGGCUUCGGCGCAAUCCCCCUCCACGGCCAACUCUCCCAGUCCGCGCGUCUGGGCGCCCUAGGAAAAUUCCGCUCUCGCAGCCGUGACAUCUUGGUUGCGACAGAUGUCGCCGCCCGUGGUCUCGAUAUCCCCUCUGUCGAUGUUGUAUUUAACUUCGAUCUGCCGAUGGACAGCAAGACAUAUAUUCACCGUGUUGGCCGUACAGCGCGUGCAGGGAAAAGUGGUGUGGCUAUUAGCUUUGUCAGUCAAUAUGAUAUUGAAGUCUGGCUCAGAGUCGAGACUGCGCUGGGGAAGAAGCUGCCGGAGUAUGAUACUGAAAAGGAAGAAGUAAUGGUUAUAGCAGAGCGCGUUGCGGAGGCUUCACGGCAGGCCACCAUUGAGAUGAAGAGCUUUGAUGAGAAGAGGGGGGGCAGAGGGAAGAAGUUCGGUAAAGGAAAACGUUCAAGGGAUGAUAUGGAUCAGGAGGAGGGUUAA